GCCUGUCCAUCAAAAGGACCUCCCGGUGCCCCAGGUCUGCCAGGACGAGAUGGACGAAAGGGAAGUCCAGGAAAAAAAGGGCAACGGGGAGCUGAAGGAGAAGAAGGAGAUCGUGGAGCAGCAGGAGUCACAGGGUAUCAAGGUGAUCCAGGUCCUCCGGGAGAUGCGGGAGAGCAGGGAGACAAAGGGAGAGCUGGAUUGCCAGGUCAGAGAGGGUCGAAUGCAGGAAGAUAG